AUGCCUAAAUCUCCUAAUUUUGAUGAAUCCCGCAUGGCCGAAGCCUUCGCAGCCGCCAUGGCCGAAAAAAAACCAAAUCUCUCGAGGAUUGCGCGUGAAUUCAGCGUGUCCUAUACCACCCUUACCAGUCGCGUCAAAAAGGCCAAAUCGCCAAUUACCCCUACCAAAUCGCAUAAGAAUGCUUUACAGCCAGACCAGGAGAAGGCCUUGACCAAUUGGAUAGUAAAAAUGUAUUCGUGGAACCUACCUCCCACUGCAGGGCUUAUACAAGCGUGGGCAAAUCGCGCACUGCAGAGGGCGGGCCACGAUAGACAGGUUAGCAAGAUGUGGGCGUAUCGCUUCGAAGCACGUCUACCAAAGCACCUAAAUCUAGCCCCAGUGAAGCAGAAGACCAAGGAACUGAAGCGAAUCCAAGCCGAGGAUGCAGGCCUUCUUCAGCACUGGUACGACCUGCUUGAAAAACAGCUCCAUGACGUCCCCGCCCGGCUAGUAUACAACUUCGAUGAAUGUGGUUUUCAACCCGGUCAAGGACGCGCCCGAAACGUUAUUGGGGUUAAAUCAUCUUGCCCUGACCUGCCAGAAGGAGAGAGAGGCGAAAAUAUCACUGCGGUCGAGUGUAUUGCUGCUGAUGGUUGGCUUAUGGACCCGCUCUUUAUAUUCAAAGGUUCCGGCAAAAACUUCAUGGAGGCCUGGUACUACGGCAGCGAAGACCUACCUGCGAAUACGGCUAUGUCUCCAAACGGCUGGAUUUCUGAUGAACUAGCCCUAGCCUGGCUAAGCUGCUUUAUCAAGGCCACGGCUACUGCAGAUCGUCUUAAGCGUGGCGAAAAGCGCUAUCUUAUAUUCGAUGGUCAUGGUGCGCAUCUUACCCUCGAAUUUCUACAGAGAUGCGAGGAUCACCAUAUUAUACCAUUCGCAUUUCUACCGCAUUCAACACAACUCUGUCAGCCACUUGACGGAAAGCCCUUUCUGAAUUAUAAACAGCAAUUUCGGAUGAUGAAUAACGAUCUGGCUUUCUGGGGCGGCCUACCGUAUGGGAAAUCGGAUUUCCUCGCAAUUAUCGGGCCAAUUCGUAAGAAAGCCUUGACGCAGCGAAUUAUUCGUGAAUCCUUCAAAGAUCGUGGUAUUUGGCCGGUUGAUGGUAGUAAAAUCGUCCAAAACCUUGCGAAUCAGUUAGAAAUCCCUGAUCUAAUCGCCCCUGAUCUUCGGUCAUGGGGAUCGCAUACACCAUCACUAUCACCACCACCAAAUCUCUCGUCUUCUAGUGUUGAAAACAGCCCUCCAAAAUCUGUUGAAGCUCUCAUCAAGAACCAGGCGAAGAUUACUAAACACCUCGAGGGUCUGUCGGAUAAGAUGCAGCGAAAUCUGACGAGGAUGAUGGCGCACCAGCGGGGGAUAGCGGAGGAGCUUGCGAUGACGCAGGAAUCGAUUCGGCGUAUUAGAGAAGCGCAGAUGCCAGUACGUCGCAAAUACACUAAGCGGCAAAUUAAACCGCUUAGCCAGACUGGUAUAUUAAGCACACGCGAUGCGAAUCGGUCAAUUGCAGUCAGGAAGGCCGAGGAUAAGGCGAAGGAGGAGCGGAAGCUGGUCAGGCAGUUCAAGAAGGUUUAUGGCUACGCGCCCGCACAGAGAUCGGAGGAGAGUAUUCAACGGUCAAUGCAGGCCGAGAGAGAGGGUAGAGAGGCAGGAGAGGUAUUUUUUAUUGAUAGAUAG